GGCCCCAGGCAGCACCGAGUCGGGGCAGGGACUCAGGGGGCUGUGCCUCCGGGUUGCGCGCAGCGGCUCAGUCAUCUCUCAGGAACCUCUGAUAGGUGGGCCCGAGGGGAACGCCGCCGAAAAGUUCGAGACCCACUGGAAAUAUCAGUCCAGUGAUGGUAACAGGAAUUACCACCAUUGAUGGUUUUAACUUGAAGUCACAUUAUUACCCCCACUUUACAGAUGAGACAACUGAGUCUCCAGAGAGCACCGCAGGAAUCAGGAAACGCAUCCCUGGCUGUCCGCUUGCAGGAAUUUGCACGUCUCUGAGUGAAGAUGAGGAAAAGGCUAUAAAUCAGCCGGAAGGGCCUUGAAGGACGGUUUUGGCGUGAGACAGAGAUGGCUAGCGGAAGGCGGUGAACACCGCCGGGACGAUGGCCCACCGCUCCGGUCCCGCAUAGUGCAGCCCAGCUUCUGAGCCAGGCCCGCGGGAUGUGCGCUUAGACACCAUGGACCGAGCCCACAGCGCAGCCCUGCAGCUGCAGCAGCUCCCGCCCACGAGCAGCGCCGACCCCGGGAGCCAGGGUUCCUUCUCCUACAAGGACAACUUGAUCGGCGCCCUCUUGGCCAUUUUCGGGCACCUUGUGGUCAGCAUUGCACUUAACCUCCAGAAGUACUGCCACAUCCGGCUGGCAGGCACCAAGGACCCCCGGGCCUAUUUCAAGACCAAGACAUGGUGGCUGGGCCUGUUCCUGUUGCUGCUGGGCGAGCUGGGCGUGUUUGCCUCCUACGCCUUCGCUCCUCUCUCACUGAUCGUGCCCCUCAGCGCAGUCUCCGUGAUCGCGAGCGCCAUCAUAGGAAUCAUAUUCAUCAAGGAAAAGUGGAAACCUAAAGACUUCCUGAGGCGCUACGUCUUGUCCUUUGUCGGCUGCGGUUUGGCCAUUGUGGGCACCUACUUGCUGGUGACAUUCGCACCCAACAGCCACGAGAAGAUGACGGGCGAGAACAUCACCAGGCACCUUGUGAGCUGGCCUUUUCUCUUGUACAUGCUGGUGGAGAUCAUUCUGUUCUGCUUGCUGCUGUACUUCUACAAGGAGAAGAACGUCAACAACAUCGUGGUGAUUCUGCUCUUGGUGGCGUUGCUCGGCUCCAUGACGGUGGUGACAGUGAAGGCUGUGGCCGGGAUGCUCGUCUUGUCCAUCCAGGGGAACCUGCAGCUCGACUACCCCAUCUUCUACGUGAUGUUCGUGUGCAUGGUGGCCACGGCCAUCUAUCAAGCCGCGUUUUUAAGUCAAGCCUCACAGAUGUACGACUCCUCUCUGAUUGCUAGCGUGGGCUACAUUCUGUCCACAACCAUCGCCAUCACAGCCGGCGCAGUGUUUUACCUGGACUUCAUCGGGGAGGACGCGCUGCACAUCUGCAUGUUUGCACUGGGGUGCCUCAUCGCGUUCUUGGGCGUCUUCUUAAUCACACGGAACAGGAAGAAGGCCAUUCCAUUUGAGCCCUAUAUCUCCAUGGAUGCCAUGCCAGGGAUGCAGAACAUGCAUGACAAGGGGAUGGUAGUCCAGCCCGACCUCAAAGCUUCCUUUUCCUACGGGGCCCUGGAAAACAAUGACAACAUUUCUGAGAUCUAUGCUCCGGCCACGCUGCCCGUCAUGCAGGAAGAACACAGCUCCCGGAGCGCCCCCGGCGUCCCCUACCGAGUCCUGGAGCACACCAAGAAGGAGUGAGCCCACCCCAAGGAGACUCCCCUCCCCUCCACUUGCAACCGCGCAAGCCGUGCCCACGGCGGUUCAACUCUUCACUCUAAAUCUCGCCUUUCAAGUUGUAUUCUUUUUUAAAAAGCCGGGAACUGUAUGGAGGGGGAUCUUGAAAGGGCUUUGUCUCCGGCAGAGGUGAUGUUUAUCGUGGUCUUGGACAUUUCCGAUGUUGGGGGGAAGGGGGGAGGACGAAAGCAGUGUUCCCGAUGGGUGGUCGGGCAUCGGCCUCUGCCCGGUGAGUCCAGCGGGUUUAGAGGGCCUUGCCCUCCUCGCCCUUGGCAACUGGGCUUCCCCAGUCAGGGACCAAAGCUCGCCACAUGCUUCAGCGCUCAAGCCAGGCCGAGAUUCCGCUCGCCCUCUCCAGACCCCGCGCGAGGCUGGAGCCCUCUCCGUCCCGCCUUCCCCCGCCUCACGUGCAGGCCUGCUGGCUACCCUUUCACGUGUGAUUCCAUGUUUGCAGUAACGUUGGUGUCGACGUCACAUGGCUGGUGGGUCAGCCUGUCGUCUGCCUGUAGGAAAUGCAUUUCUGCCUUCCCAUUGCCUGUGCCCUCCCAGGGAAAUGUGCUUGGCUUGUUUACAGUGGAUCCACUCGGGAAACUAAUUUGGUUUUGGUUCUGUGAACUACUUGAUUGCUUCCCCCCACUCCCCUCCCCCCGCCACCAGAGGUACUGGGAAGUUAAGAGAAGACGGGGGAGAAUUAGGACAGGGGCAGAGUGAUGGCACGGCAGCCCAUAACGGGGGAAGAAUCCCUCUCCACCUUACAAAAGGCGAUGGCCUCGCUUCUAAAAGGGUAGACAGGCAAUCUGGCUGCUUUACCGUAUUCUCCUGCCCACCAGUGCCCUCUGGUAAGAUGGGGGGCGGGGGUGCUCAUUUCAGAGAGAGCAUCGCUCCCCUCCCCUCCAUUCUCAUUAUACACCGACACACCAAGGCUGAGUUGUUGGUUCCUUUUCCCUGCUUGGUCCUCACCCCCAGGCACAUGUCUGGGAGGCACACACAUCCUCAGACAUGGAGCCGCAGCCCCCUCUUGGCUGCGUUCAUACCUUCUUCCUCUAGACUGUAUUUUCGAGAAUGGCAGGAAAAGGUUUGCAAAUCUUAAGGACCCCCUAGGGAGUUUUUUGAAAAUGCAAAUUCCUACACCCCAACCCCAGGUACUCUGACGAAGUGGGACUGGGGUGGAGCCCCCGCGUCUGCAUGUUUAACUCGCAGCCCGGGUGGUUCUGGUGCAGGUAGCCCAAGGAUCCACACCUUGACAGCCUAGUCAUUGAGAGAGACGUCUGCUUUAAACCCCCAGGGGCCGACACGCUACUGGGAAGCUGGAACUGCCGUUCCUUCUUUCCUCCCUGGGGCCCAUUUGGCAGGUCACAUAUCCCCAUAGGAUCAGGGCCUCUCCCCACUCAUUGAUGACGGCUUAGAGCUACACUUCCUGCUUCGCUCGCAGCCUUCAACUCACAGGCAGGAUGCCAGUGUUACCAGACCAGUGUUGGUAGCUCAUUAACCUUUACGGAUUGUGCUUCUUACUGAUUUAGUUCCUUGACUUCAAAAAAACUGUCUCAGUUGCCUGUGGUAACCGUGUCUGUAUUGUAUCUUAACCACUUCUGUAUUGUGUCUCACGUGCCUAAGAGGGCAGCCGACAGUGAAUGGCCUUUUAACCUUUAGGGUAGGUGUCAGCUCAAUGCAACGAUGAGAUUUACGAGGCAUUUACUAUUUUUUGAGCAUUUGGAUGGUGAGGGCAAAAAGAGUAAAGAGUGGUUCCUGCCCUCCAGGCCAGCAGGGGGAGACACAAACACCCAGAAACUGGCAGGGCAGGCCAGGUGCAAUGUGGGGGUCACAGAAAAUGUCAGUUUGGGGGGUCCUGCUAAUGGUCAGGCCCUGAGCCUAGAAUGGGGUAUUCAAAAUGGAGGUGCUUUGGGCCCCACUCACUGAUGAUUGGCAAAUCUACCUAAGGUUUGGACAAAGCAUGGAAAGUCCAGUGAUCAUCCCCACCCCCACCUCCCAGGCAGAGGAGCCGGUGUUUGCAAAGGCACAGAAAUGGGGAGGAGGGGUCACCAGGGGAGCCAGGGAGGGUGGUGGGAGAUGAGCCUGGAGCAAUAAGCAGUGGAAGCCAAUCAGAGGGCCUUGAACGCCUGGCGGAGGAGCUUAAAGUUAUCACAGCAGGCCUGGUCGUCAUCGAUGGUUCAUGAGGAAGAGAAUAGCGGGGUGGCACUGACUGGAAAGGAGGCCUUAUACGUAUGGAGGAAGGAUCCAGGAGAUAACAGAUGUCCCUUUUCAAGGUCAAGCUGCAGUCCUACACGAACAGAACACAAAUGGAGAAUUAAAAUGAGGUCUCGCUGCUAUUCAAGGGAGGGGGACAUCGGCUUUCCACUCGCAUCCCUGAAUCUUUAUUUGUUCUCAAGGCUCUGUUACCCCCAAGCCCUCCUGAAUGCUCCAGGCACAUUAAAUAUCACGCCUCUCUCUCCUUUCUAGCAGCCACGAAGCUACCAAACUAGGGUUUAAACUUUCAGUCGUUCUGUGGUCUUCCUCCCCCCCCACCCCACCCCCCACCCCAGGGUCCCCUCGUCUAGAGGCUGGGAUUCUGGUUUUCCUGAUCGGUUUUGACAUACGGUCAGCGCCCCCUUCCCUUGACCCCUCCCAUGAAGCGCCAGGUCUGACCAUCCCAUCCCAUGAAGCUUGAGAUGCCGCAGGGGUUUGCAGUGUGGAAUUGGACGCUGGGUAGGGAAGGUUGGACUGACAUCUCCAUUAUUUUUCUGGUGGAAACCAGCCAGCUUGAUGGUGCUGUGUGGACACAAGUCAUCCGUCAGGGUGGUGGUGUGGAACCUCCCUGCAGCCUUGUGGAUUCUAAAUCUGGUCCAACACUGGCUGAUAAGCAAAAAGAACUGUGUGUUUCUCUGAGAAGCUAUGGAAAUGAAGUCACCUUAGAAUAUAUUCUAUGUGGAUGCUUAUAUUUUGUUAACUCCUUGACUAAUAUGGCAUGUCUUAUUUUUCAAAAAAUGUGUGUGCUAGGUGCAAAGAAAAGUAUAAAGUGGUAUUUAAUUUUAAAACAA